GGUAGUGGGAACUUAACUUUGCUUUUACUUUUGUUUCUUCUCCGUCUGUGAAAGUUCCACAGUGGCAAACUACACUCAACAAUUUGAUACUUAAGACUAGAGGGGCAAAUGGGAGGAGCCACAGGGGAGUCUUGUGACUAUAUUUUGAAACCUUUGCACCUUUUUUUGCACUUAUAGUAAAUAAAAGGCUCCAGUCUAUUGUAAAGUGUAGCACAAUCAGCCAUGUUAGAGAAACAGAAAGCUGGCAUACAAGGCAAGGAUCUGGCAUCCUGGUGACAUUUAACUGUGACCUUCUGGGCUUGAGCAAUAAACAAUCUGGAUUUUCCAGAUAUUUUUUUUUUUUCUGUCGUCACUUCCCCCUAUGUUUUUUUUUUAAGAACACUUCCUGUUUUCUUCAGUUUUGACAGCAGCUUCAGUUCUCCAUGCAGCAAGUCAUCAGUGUGUGGGUUCGAGACCCGCGCAUCCAGAAGAACGACUUUUGGCAUGCAUACAUGGAUUAUGAAAUUUGUUUGCACACAGACAGUGUGUUCUUCACCAAGAAGAUAUCAAGAGUCCGAAGGAGGUUCAGUGAGUUUGUGUGGCUCAGACAAAGACUGCAAGCCAACUCCAUGCUGAUGGCGCAGCUACCGAACCUACCACCGAAGAACCCCUUCUUCAGCUUGAACAACGCCCAACAGAUCUCAGAGCGCAUGACGGGUCUCCAGAGGUUCUUGGAACAGAUCCUGCAGAGUCCUCUGCUGCUGUCUGACAGCUGCUUGCACCUUUUCCUGCAGUCCCAGCUCAGCGUGGCCAAGAUGGAGGACUGUGCCGCGGGAAGGACACAUUACUCCGUGGCACAGGCGGUCCAGUGCUGCGGCCUCAGGAGGUUUCUGUCACAAGAGGCCCUGCAGAAGGACUUGAGCAUGUCCGCUGACUCAGAUUCAGACAGCUCCGAGUGCAGAGAUGCGGGAUGCCAUAUAACCAAAGCCUUAUCAGAUCACUUGGGAACCAAGCAUGAGGAGAGCGUCUGUCCGUCAUCAUCACGAGUGGAACUGUAAGGAGAAUUUAGGAAACUGUUACCCAGUGAACUUUGUACCGUAUUGUAAUAUUGUUAUUCCUGUAUAAAGCAUGCAAAGUCAAAUGUAAUAAUAAUCAGUGCCUGCACAAGGGUGUCCAAAGUCUGGUGCAGGGGCCUUUUUUUAUUGGGCCCCUGAAAUGAAUAAUGAAAUAUAAUAUUAAAUAUUACAGUGAUUUGCUGUGUGUCACCUGUAACACAAAACUAAAGCCUGAACUGUGCUCCCAUGUCAAGGCACUAAGGUUGUAAAAUCCGUGAUUGAUCGUCUUUCUCACAUUAUUUCCUGUGGGUAUACAACUCGUUCACCUUCGUAAAAACGCCUUCUCCUCCAAUUAAGGAUCAAUAUUUGCACAUGCACUCAACCCCCCCGAUGAAUAGCUAUAACAGGGUCAAGACAUCGUCCGAGGGGAUGGCGACGUGACGCAGAAGCAUAAUAAAGACUUGACUUGUGGCUAGCUGAGAUAUAUUGGUUUAUAUUUGAUUGGUUUUAGCAUCUUUAAUGCACUUGUAUUCUUCACAUAUUUUAUACUAAAAUAUUUAGUAUAAAAACAAAGUGUGAAAAAAUUCCCCAAAAGUCCCAACAGGGGGAAGUUUAAAAGUGAGGCCGAAGCCCUGGAGCCCCGAGGCGGCUUGAAAAUGGGGGAAAAUGCCGCUAGAAACUCCAGUAGAGUACCCAAUGUGUAAAGAAAAGUGUGGAAAAAAUGACAAAGUCCCAACGGGGGAAGUUUAAAAGUGUAUCCGACAGGCCUGGAACCCGGAGGCGGCUUGAAAAUGGGGGGAAAUGUACGCUGUAGCCAGUAGGUGGCAGUGUUGUAACAGCCAUCUAAUGGCCAUUCUGUAAUAGACUUAGACAUAGACUUUCUUUAUUGUCAUUGCAC